AUGAGGCUUUUACCGAUAUCUGUAUCAAACAAUCAGUUUAAAGAUAUGGUUUUACAUAACUUAAUCAUUUUAAAACACAGCAUCAGAAAUUUGGAUGAAAAAUUGGAUUUGUUAAUUGAAAAAAGUUCAAAAAGAAGUACAGAAAAUUCAAAUAUAAAUUAUGAUGAUGAUAUUGACUACAGUAAUCUAUAUUGUCUUUUCCCAAUUGAAGAUAUAAGUACUCUUAAUGAUAUCGAGGAACAAUUGGUGUCGGAUAAAAAAUAUCACAAAUCAUUGACAAAUAAACUAAUUGGUCUUGGUGGCAAAACGGUACAAAUAUAUAUAAAAAGAGUUAUGCAGCUUUUGUUCUCUGAUGAACUUUUAAAAUUAUAUUCAUUCAAUGGUCGAGGAAACAAAAAAAAAUGUUUUUCUAACCUAGUGAUUUCAAAACUAAUAUUUGGUUCUAUAAAAUUGUUGAACAAAUUCAACUAUGAUAAUGCCAAUGAUGAUGCUGAAAAAUAUAUUAAAAAUGCUCUUAUUCAGGCUCCGUUCAACAUCAAAAAAAAAAUAUCCAAUACUGAAACUGCAAAUGAUUAAUUUUUUAUAGUUUUUGAAAUGUACACAUAAAUAUUUUUUUUUAUUUUAUAGUUCUUAAACAUGCAUAAGUCGAUGCAAGGUACAUGC